GUGGGAGGAGUAAGCAAGUUUCACUUCCUUGCUGGUGGAGGAGACUCACAGCUGGCUUCUCUCAAAGAGGAGGAGAGUGUGAGGAGCAGCAGUGCUCCUUUCUCAGCCUCUUCCCUCAUAGCACCUGCCAGAGGCUGGACGUGAGGAGCGUGAAUGGGCAGAGCAGAGCGUCUAGAAGGAAAGAUGAGCACCCAGGAUCCUUCCAAUCUGUGGAGCACACCCGAUGGAGAGGCUGAGCUGCUGCAGGACUUGGGGUGGUAUCACGGCAAUCUCACCCGCCACGCAGCCGAGGCUCUCCUCCUCUCAAAUGGAUGUGACGGCAGCUACCUCCUGAGGGACAGCAAUGAGAGGACCGGGCUGUACUCUCUCUCCGUGAGAGCCAAAGACUCUGUCAAACACUUUCAUGUUGAAUAUACCGGAUUUUCAUUUAAAUUUGGCUUUAAUGAAUUCUCAUCUUUGAAGGAUUUUGUCAAGCAUUUUGCAAAUCAGCCUUUGAUUGGAAGUGAGACAGGCACUCUGAUGGUUCUGAAACAUCCCUACCCAAGGAAAGUGGAAGAACCUGCCAUUUAUGAAUCAGUCCGGGUUCACACAGCAAUGCAGACAGGAAGAACGGAAAAUGACCUGGUGCCCACUGCGCCUUCGCUGGGCACCAAGGAAGGUUACCUCACCAAGCAGGGAGGCCUGGUCAAGACCUGGAAAACAAGGUGGUUCACUUUGCACAGGAAUGAACUGAAAUACUUCAAGGACCAAAUGUCACCAGAACCAAUUCGGAUCCUAGACUUAACAGAAUGUUCAGCUGUACAGUUUGAUUACUCACAGGAAAGAGUAAACUGUUUUUGCUUAGUAUUUCCAUUCAGGACAUUUUACCUCUGUGCAAAGACAGGAGUAGAAGCUGAUGAGUGGAUCAAGAUAUUACGCUGGAAACUGUCACAAAUAAGAAAACAGCUCGACCAAAGGGAAGGCACAAUCCGAUCUCAGUCAUUCAUCUUUAAGUAGACCUUUCCCUGGGGAUGCCCUGGCCGGACAGCAGGGUGGCAUGCUCGCCACUGCUGUGAUCCAUAGCAGGCCUCCGCUGAAAGCUGACUACGGAUUUUUCUUUAAAAACAAAUCAAAAGCAGAUGCUGACCAGGAUCUUUCUGAAAACACCACAUUUGCUGACUCAGGGGAAGCUGCUGCCCUUCAAGAUGUUGUCAUCUCCUUCAGAAUACCGAGUUGCCGUUGUUCUGAUGAAAACUGGCGCAGCUAGCUGCCACACCCAGUGUGCUUACUCGUAGAAUGCACAACAGAAGAGACAGGGCUUGUGUUUUCCCUUAUCGUGGUCCAAGCUUGUGGACUUUGUUUGCCCGAGUCCCACUCUGUCGUGGUCAGCUUAUCUGACAUCCAGGUUGUGCUAUUACUCAGGAAGGAAACAGCUGUCUGCUUUGAGUCUCAGCUGCCUCUUUAGAAAGUAUAUUGAGAUGGUAAACAUCAAAGAUUGGGUUGGGCAGGGGGAAAUAAGGUUAUUCUGCUCCCCCCCCCCUUUAUACAUAAAACAAAACAAUUUCCAAAACUGUAAUAGAUAAUGUUUGCAGUAUUUAUUGUCUCUUUGUAAAAGGCUCAGAAUCUGGUGAGCUCUUUCUUCCCUUCUAAUGAUAAACCUGUGAGAACUUUGUCUUAUGGAUGAUUAGACAGAACCAUAAAGGAAGGUAUAAUCUAAAAAAUAUCCUUUAACCAUUUUGGAGAAAAUGUUUUCAAGAGUGAGAAAACAAAAAAGAGGAAGGUUAAUAACGUAGCAGAUGACAUAGUUUAAUGAUAAUAGUUUUCUAGUUAUUAUUCUAGCAACAAUAGAGCACAUGUGAGCACUAAGGUAUCUUCAUCCAACAUUUCUCCUAACAGACUGCAAGGGCUUUCUCAAGAAAAGUGUGCUACAACAGUCCCUUCCCCAGAGUAGACUGUAGGUGUUGGCCCAAGAGAAGUAAGAAUCACCCGGCACUGAGAUGCCUGAGCAUCCUGCGCCUUAUUCAAGGGCAACUUCUGUUGUCAGUUGAGGGAGGAAUACUAAGUCCACAUGCAAUGCAUAAUAGCGUGUUUGUUACAUAGCAUUUUCAGACUAGCAUAAGAAGAUUGAAAUAGGGGAAUACAAUACUGUCAUCCAAAGCUCAUAGAUUUUUUUAUCUUUCUUAAUACUCCUCCCCCCCCCCCCCGCUUUUUUUUUAGCUAGAAGUUUGAAGGGAGGGGAAGUAGAGGAAGAACCCCCAAACACAAAGAUUAUGGUGCAAAGCUAUAAAAUGCUCUUUCAGUUCAAAGGAACAACGUGGUAAAUUAGCUUUUCUGUUAAUUUAAGUUUCUAGGACUCAGGAAGUUUUGUAUAUUUAAAAAAGAUGUUUAGUAUAUUUUGUAAUGUUUAUAUCAUAUUGGAUAAAGCAAAUGUCAAGUUACAAGGUAUUAUGUUACAUUUGCAAAGUAAGGAGUUACAAAUGAAUCCUUACUGAGAUGUGUGAUUUUAUGUUUUGUUUUCUCAGAACCAAGGGUGUUUCUUUGUGUAGGCGAUGUCAUUUUUUACCUAUUGUAAAAUAUCUCAUGUUUAUUUAUAUUCUUUGGUUAUGUUUAUUAAAAAGAACAUGCUUCCCUGUGUUUGU